AAAAUACAAAGUUAUGGACAAAAACGAUGACAUUAAUAACAACAGUAUUGUUCGGCCGUUUGAUUGCAUUAAACCGAUAUYUGCUAAACAAAAAUUGCGGUUAACUAUUGAUAGCAAUGUUUGCGAUCGUGUUUUGACAUCUUUUUCUGAACCAAUUAUACAGACAAGUGAUCCACAGUUUUCUCGAAUUCUUAGAGAUAUUUCGGACGGAAUUCGUUAUGUUUUUCAGACUAGAAAUCGGUAUUCAUUGGCCAUCAAUGGGUCGGGAGUGUCGGCAAUGGAAACCAUUGUCACAAACAUAAUGCAAUCGAAACAAACAUUACUAGUAUUAGAACACGGAAUACCUGUUCUCGAUAUGACCACAAUUGGAGAAACUCAUGGAUUCAAAGUCAUCGAAUCAAACGUUAGACAAUUUGGUCACGUCUUUGAUUUAAGACAUAUCAAAGAUGUCAUCGAAACACAUAAACCGAAUGCGCUGUUUAUAAGUCACGGAAACUCAAGUAUUGGAACACUUCAACCGCUCGAAGGCAUCGGACAGAUAUGUCAUGAAAACGGGUGUCUUCUAGUAGUAGACGUCAGUUCAUCGGUUUGUUGUUCAUCACUUAAUACGGAUCAACUGGCAAUUGAUGUGAUAUUCAGUUCGUCUACAAAAGCACUGUCAUUACCGCCGGGACUGUCUAUCGUUAGUCUGAGUGACAGAGCUGUCAAUUGUAUGGAAAGUCGCAAAUUUGGUUCAAAUAAUAUGAAUAUUCUCUUAAUGGCAAAGACUUGGGGUUUGACUGAACACAAAAUCAAGAAUAAAAUGUAUGACUUUUUGCCUCCAUUUCCACUAUUGAAUGGACUGAAAGAGACUUUGACAAUGAUUGCUGAGGAAGGACUGUUGAAUGUCAUAGAAAGACAUAAAAUUAUCAGUUUAUCUCUUGAACAUCACAUCAUUGCUUUGGGUCUCAAGUUUUUGGUAGAACUGAAGCAAAACAGGAUUCCUGGGAUCACAUCUCUAGUUAUUCCCAAAAAUAUCAACAGUGAUCAUCUGAUUCGGUAUAUAAGCGAUAAAUAUAAUGUCGAAAUAUCGUCGACAACAGAGUCGAGAAUCGGCCAAAUUUGGACAAUCGCUUUGUUCGGCAGUAAUGCCGACCAUUUGUGCGUCACUUUCUUAUUUUUUAUGGCCCGUGAGGGGAUCGAACCCGCGACUUCCGCGUUAUUAGCACGGCGCUCUAACCAACUGAGCUAA